AUGCACGCCAUCAACAUGAAAGCCCCAACCGCCAUCCUCGCCGCAGCCCUGCUGUUCGCCAGCCACGUCGCCGCCAGGACGGACCUAGAGGGCUGCACCUCGUCCAAUACCGUCGCCUACGGCGGCGCCAGCGUGCUGUGGUACGUGCCCGACACGGGCGAGAUCUGCGCCUUCCUGGACUGCGGUGGUGGCAUGGCGCCCCCCAAGACCACCGUACCGGGCUGCGCUGCGUACUCGGGUACGGCCGAGUACUCGCCCAGCUUCCUGCCUGGUUUCGGCGCCGAGGCGACUGCCACUGCCACUGCCACGGCCUCGGCUGCCACCGCGACCGACGAAGUUGUGACGUUGACGGGUUCGUCGGUCUUUGCGUCUAGCACCGAGGGCGGGAGCGCGACCCAGACCGCUGCCUCUGCCUCUGCCACGGGGAUGAUCACCACUGCGCCUACUACUUUCACGUCGUCCAGCGUUGCGGCUGCGACUGACAGUGCAUCGUCGAAGGCCGCCUCGAAGGUUUCUUCAGCUAGUAAUGCUGCGCCGUCUGCUGCUUCGUCCGCUGCGGGUAACGGGACUAUGAGCGUGGCCACUGGUGCCGCCGCGAUGCCGACUGCGGGUGUGAAGGGUGUUCUGGGCCUGGUGGCUGGACUUGUGGCCGGUGUCGCCAUGCUCUGA